AAAGCUUCGCAGUAUCAACACCGAUAGACAGUUGUUUUUUUAAUAACUCGGUUAAUUGUAGAUUUAUAAAACGUCUAGAUCUAAGAAAACUAGCAACUUCCCUCUCUCUCUUUAAACUCAGAAAAGACAGUGCAUACUCAAGUCAACAAGGAUUUGUGAAAAUGUCAAGUGGACAACCAAUCGAUACUGACUGUAUUACUUUAACAAGAUUUGUAUUAGAAGAACAACGCAAAUAUCCUAAGGCUACCGGUGACCUGACUCAGUUAUUAAAUGCUAUUCUUACAGCGAUCAAGGCCAUCUCGUCAGCUGUUCGAAAAGCUGGAAUACAUAGACUCUAUGGUAUAUCUGGAUCUUCAAAUGCGACUGGAGAUGCUGUUAAGAAACUUGAUGUCCUGGCUAAUGACUUGUUUAUCAAUAUGUUGUCAUCCUCUUAUACUUGCUGCAUUUUGGUCUCUGAAGAAAAUGACACUGUGAUUGAAGUGGAGGACAAGUUUAAAGGCAAAUAUAUUGUUUGUUUUGAUCCACUUGAUGGCUCAUCAAAUAUUGAUUGUUUAGUUUCUAUUGGAUCAAUAUUUGGAAUUUAUAAAAAACAAAAUGAGGGACAAGUGAGCCUUAAAGAUGUACUUCAAUCAGGAGAUAACUUGGUGUGUGCAGGUUAUGCCCUUUAUGGUAGUGCAACUAUGGUGGUCCUUUCUCUAGGCCAGGGUGUAAAUGGAUUUAUGUAUGAUCCGGCUGUUGGAGAGUUUCUAUUGACUGAAAGAAACAUGAGAAUCAAGCCUCGAGGCAAGAUUUAUUCUAUUAAUGAAGGUUAUGACAUGUUCUGGGAUGAUGCUACCAGGGAAUAUGUCAACAAUAAAAAAAGGCCAAAGGAUGGUACCUCACCCUAUGGAGCACGUUAUAUUGGUUCAAUGGUAGCUGACGUUCAUAGAACUAUUUGCUAUGGUGGUAUCUUCAUGUAUCCAGCAACAUCAGAAGCACCAAAAGGAAAGCUGAGACUUAUGUAUGAAGGAAAUCCCAUGGCUUACAUUAUGGAGCAGGCAGGUGGUGCAGCUACAGAUGGACAUCGACGUAUUCUUGAAAUUGUACCUGAAAACAUCCAUGAGAAAUGUUCAGUAUUCAUGGGCUCCAAGGAGGAUGUUGCAGAUGUGAUGGAACUGUACAAAAAGUAUUCCUCUUGAGCUGUAUACUUUGAAAUCUAAAUUGUGUUCCCUUCAUUUACUAACAUUAUGUAACAUUGUGAUGUGAUUAACUUUACUAAGACAUAAAGAAUACUUGGUUAAUCCCUAAUAAAUGAUAGCAAGACAUGAAGAACUGUUUUGUAAUGGUGGAAAACCAACAGCUUUGUCUGAUAUAAACUCACCUGGUAUACUUUCAUUCCAUGAGUCUCAUUGUGAAGGAGGCUAACUUUAGGGAAUCAUUUUUCUGUAAUUAUUGUUUUGGUUGAUUGUAAUAGCUUUAAUAAACUGUAUUCAAAAUAAUUAUAUUUACAAAUAUAAUUGUUUAUUCCACUAAGAAAUUUUUUAAUCAUAGCAUACUGGUACUAUAAAUAUUUUGUUUUAUUUAUGUCAAUAUUAAACAGAAAGCAAAUGGCUCAAUAAAAACAAAUUGUUUGUCUAGAAAAUGUUAUUGAAUUUAUUUGACCAUCAAUCAUUUUGAAUGAUUCAGCAGCUGUGUGUAUUCAUUGAAUCUGUUAUUACACCUUGAAUAAUAAUAGAUACAUCUACUUUUUGACUUAAACUGUUAUUUUACAUUUUUUAACAUUUUAUUGUUGAUCAUGCAUAUUUAUGUGCCAUAAUGAUUACAAUAAACUUAUGCAUAAUUAUAAGCAUGAUUGCUGUGAUUUUGAUGUUAGUGGUUAGUGGAAACAAUUCUUCAAUGUUUGAAGUGAAUUUUAGCCUGUAAUUUUAUAGUAUGAGCUCACCUGGUUUCAGGUUUAGUUAUUUCUAAUUGUAUUUAUACCAAAAAUAAUACUUCAAACAGCUCAUGUACAUUCAUGAACAUUUGAAAUUUAAUUAUGUUGAAACUCCUGGAGUUAUGUUCACCUUUACCAGUCAUUUAAAACUAAUUACUUUUUUCCAAUCUUGAUUAUAUAUGAGCAUAUUGGUUGAACUUAAAUCAUUGUAGUUCAUGUCCUUAGAACCUAAUUUGUAAAGUAAAAUUAGUUGGUAGAAAUAAAUUUAAUUUUGAAAGAAGGUCAAAUAAAAUGUAAAAACAAUAAAAAUUCUUUUAAUAAUAAUUUCAAACCAUUUUUCAUAGUUUUGAUUGUUGACAUAGAAAUAUUGUAUUCCAGUGUCCAGCAAACACUUUUUGAAAGGUGAUAAAAGGUAUAGAGGCCAACUGUGUAAAGUUCCAUCUGUUGAUUGUAUCCCCCAGUCCUAGUUGUCCAUAUCUAUUCCAGCCACUGGCUAAUACUUGUCCACCACCUGCAUGAUGCAAAAGGAAAUAAGGAAUAAUGACUGUAUACUGUAAUAAUUUAGAACUCACAAAUUUAGGCAACAAAUAUAUGAAAUAUGUUUACAUAUGAAAUAUGUUAACUUUUAUUAAACCAGAAGGUGUAAAAAAAAAAAAAAUUGAUAAUUAAGAAAUGCUUUAAAGAUAUUUUUAACUAUUUAAUUGCUACUCAGCAUAUUAAAACAAAAAUGAAUUAUUAUAAAGUGGAAUGUGCUUUAAUCUAACAUUUCGAAUACUAAUAUUUCAAGUACACCAAUUUUAUAUUCAAUCAGAAUAGCAGAGAAAUUGCCAAGAUGACAAUGAAUGAAAAAAAAAAUUAAAUUGAACUAGCCUGUUAAUACAACUGUGUGUCUUGAGCCACAGGAAACUGAUACAACAUUAAGAUCACUAGAGAAAUAUAUACAUUUUGGUUCAGUCACAAUGGUUGAACUAGUUUCCUCCUUGUCCAAAGAUGCUAGGCCCAACUGACCACUCUCAUUCCAUCCCCACAUGUAGAGAUCACCAAAUACUUGAAAAAUAGAAAUUUCAUUAAAAUCUUAAACCUGUGAGAAUAAAUGUAUUGGCCAUGACACCACUAUUUAAAUUCGUACAUGUUAAAUCAAAUAGCUUUCACUAGUUAACUCUACCCUGUUGUUUUUUUUUAUCCCGAUUUAUCUUGAAAUCUCAAUAAAAAUAUUUUAACUAGAGAUACACAUUUCUAUCAAUUGAUAAUGUCUGGUCAAGUGUGAAAACUUCUAAUUUCUUGCUCUUCCAAUAAAGACAUUCUGUUAUUC